AUGUGGCUGUGGAGGUGCACCCGGGCCCAGCCGGAGGAGCAGGGAAGGCCUCCUGGAGGUGGUGAUGGUGGCAAGGCCAGCGCCGAGCCUAAAGACCCCAUUUCUCAAACCCAGCUUUCUACAUGGAAUUAUUCAAAGGGAAACCUUAUCAAGCAGCCUUCCAGCUCUGGUGUCAUCCAUCUUCUAAAGGUCGUGUGGGCUGCUUUUCACCUUCCCAGCCUGUCAAAGCUGAGUGCAAGGAUCCCAGCAGAGAGUGUGGACCUGAGACCUGCAAUUAGCACUUCUGGCAGAUCCACGUGUUUGAAGACAAGGACAGAACCCCAGAGCAGCCCUCUGGUUCCAGCUCAGGAUGGACCCUCGGAGAAGCUGAGCCAGCAUCUGGCCACUGAGGCCUUGGGCACCAACAGCCUGGAGAGAGACAAGGCCUGCCAGGAGCUCAGUCCUGCCAGAGCACGCAGUGCCUCCCGAGACAAAGACUUGACGCCACCAAGGGGGAAGAAGAAAAAGAAGAAAUCCACCCGGAAGAAGAGAAGGAGGUCCCCGUCAUAUAGUCCAUCGCCUGUCAAGAAAAAGAAGAAGAAAGGCUCCAAAAAACAUAAGCGACACAGGUCAUUCUCCAAGAAGAGAAGGCACAGCUCCUCCAGCCCAAAAAGCAAAAGGAGGGAUGAGAAGAGGCACAAAAAACAAUCACGAAGCCGGCCCCGAAAAUCUCACCGUCACCGUCAUCACCAUUAUCCCUCCCGGUCCCAGAGCUCCGAGUCCCGCUCCUCAAGCUGUGAGAGCAGGCACCGCGGCAGGUCCCCCGAGGAAGGGCGGAAGUCCCGCCGAAGGCACUCCCGCCGCUACUCCAGGACCCUCGGCAAGGCCAGCCCCGAGGCCCGCUCCAGCCACCCGCCCAGCCAGCCCCUCCGGAUGCUCAGCCUCCUGUCGGCCAGGGGUGUAAUCACUGGGUCGGGGUCUGCAGCUGACCUCUUUACCAAAACAGCCAGCCCGCUCACCACCUCCAGAGGACGCUCCCAGGAGUAUGACUCAGGCAAUGACACCUCUUCACCACCCUCCACGCAAAUCAGCUCAGCCAGGUCACGGGGUCAAGAGAAGGGGAGCCCCAGUGAGGGCCUCACCAAGAGCCAAGAGCUCAACUGUGGCAACACCUCCGAUUCAGGGAACUCCUUCACCACCUCCUCACCCCAGAACAAGGGAGCCACUUUGGAGAAUCUCUCCCCCACCAGCAGGGGCAGAGAGUCAAGAGGAUUUCGGUCGCCAUGUCUGGAAUGUGCAGAAGUGAAGAAGUCCAGUUUGGUCCCAUCCACAGCCCGGAGCUCCCCCAUGAGAGGGUGCUCCCGCAGCCCCUCCUAUGCCAGCACCCGUUCUUCCAGCCACUCCUCCCGAUCCCCAAACCCCAGGGCCUCCCCCAGGUACACCCGAAGCCGAUCCACCUCCUCUGGAAAAAGGUCCUACUCGCGCUCUUCCAGCUAUUCCUCCAAGUCGGGCAAGAGGAGCCCACCCAGCAGAAGCUCCCGAUCGCGCCGCAGCCCCAGCUACUCCCGUUACAGCCCCAACAGGGAGCGGGACCCCAAGUACAAUGAGAAGGACUCCCAGCAGCGGGAGCGCGAGCGAGCGCGUCGGAGACGGCGGUCCUACUCGCCCAUGCGGAAGCGCCGGAGAGACUCCCCGAGCCACCUGGAGGCGCGGAGGAUAACCAGUGCCCGGAAACGCCCCAUCCCCUACUACCGGCCCAGCCCCUCCUCCUCCGGCAGCCUCAGCAGCGCCUCCUCCUGGUACAGCAGCAGCAGCCGCUCGGCCAGCCGCAGCUCUUCCCGCAGCCGCAGCUCUUCCCGCAGCCGCAGCCGCAGCCGCAGCCGCAGCCGCAGCCGGACCCGCGCAAGCAGCGGCUCCAGCUCGCGCAGCCCCAGCCUGGGCUCCCGGAGCCGGAGCCGGAGCCGGAGCUACAGCUCAGCAGACAGCUACUCCAGCACGAGGCGCUAAGCCCGAGCCCUCCCUUGAGCCGGCUGCCUGCAGGGGGGCCCCUCUCACUCUGCCAGCCUACCCCCCCUCCCCUGCCCCCCCUGCCUGCUCCCUGGGGACGGACCUUGCGGGCUCCUGGACCCUGUCCUUCCUGCUCUCCUGGGGAGGAGGAAAAGGGGGUACGGGGCCUUCAGCCUCUAUGUCAAACCGCCAGGAGCCUCCACCAGCACCACCCCGGGGCUCGACUCGGGCCUGGGCGUAUGGAGAGAACCACCCUCUGUUGGCACAAAAAACCUCAAGGUUCUGUGAGAAGCAACGGGUCCGUGACUCCAACGCUUGGGCCUGGCCAGGAAAACAGAGUUCUGCUCACCCACUGCUCCUAGGAUGCAUAUGGAAGGCUAGCAUCACACCUGCCCUCCUUCUCCCCUCAUUCGGCCUCCUGGGCGGGUGUGUGAACCCUCGUGGGGUGGGAGGAGACGAGAGGAAAUCAAGGGCAGUUAGGCCCGGGAGAGGGGGUCAGGCCUUUCACCGCCCACCCAUCCCCGAACGGAGCAAAGGCUAGAAGGCAAUCGGAAGGGGGAGAGAAGGGAUCUGAGUAGGGAUCGUGGAGGUUUCAGUGGGGAGGAAGUGUCAGGAGAGAGGAAAUGGGUUCUCUGGUUGUGAGUAUAGACGCAAAAGGGCAGGGGUCAUUCUGCUGCCCACCCCCCCCCCCCCCAUUAUCUUGGCCUGGUCAGGAAAAGCGGUCCAGUAGGUUCUAGCAAUGGAGAGGCCCCCACAUGGCUUAGACAGCCUCUUGGCUGUUCACAGGGCCCCUGAACCUCCCUGAGAAAGGACACAGUGGACAGGACAGCUUGGUCCACAGCCCCACAGCCCAGAUUUGCCUCAGCUCCCACUAGCUGGCACCAGCUUAAUUCCACGAGACCAUCUGCUGAACGUCCCCCAGUGCCAUGGCCAGCUGCCAGUCCCCAGCGCCGGCCAGUCUGGCCUUACCCUCCCGUCGGUGCCUGCCUGCCCCCUCCCCCACCGCCCAGACGGCCACACCCUGGAGCCCACCCAAAACAGCCGAGCAUCGGCUCACCCGCCCUCAGCCCCAGCCAACCCCUUUGCCUCUCAGGAAUUUUGCCAGGAUGGGGCACAGCAGCUCAGAUUUUGGGAGGAAAGACCCAAAUCCAGAGAGUGUGAGGGGACAGGGGCUUGGAUACUCCAUAGCCUGGGAUUCUCCUGGCUUCUGAGGCUUCUCUAUCAGCUCAAGCCCCACCUUCAUCUCUGCCCUCCCCCUAUCUUCCCUCUGCCCAGGGCUGGGCAGCAGGGGUAAGCUGAUCUCCAACACACAAAUACCACCAGUUGCUUCAUCCGCAGCAGGCACUGAGAACAGGGGUGUGAGGGAGAGGAUCCUUAAAAUAAACCCUUGGGCAUCCCCCUCACCAGCUGACUGGCUUUCCGGAGCCUUGUGGGCGAGUUUCAGGUUUGCGGUAGCAAGGGCAGCGGGACAGGGCAUGGAGGGAGACAGUGAGGGGGGACAGUUCCUGGCUCUGGAUACUGGGGCCAGCUAUGGGGAAGCAGGGACCAAACACUAUCCCUCCCACCCCAGGGAAAACAUUGGCACAAAAAAAUCCUUUUUCUUGAAAGCCGUGACCUGUCCCCCCCCACCCCCCAUCUUUCCCAUUACAUCAGCCCGUGGGCCAGAAACUGCCCUGCAACCACCCACAAGUCCUUCCUCCAUCAGGAGAGCCGAAAGCGAGGCGCCCCAGACAGCACUGGACGACCUGGCCUUCCCAUGAUGCCCUCUGGCCCAGCCCUGGGCCCCACCUGCCCAGACUGACAGAUGCCGAUGCCGUCACUGCAGAAGGCCGGAUGGCAGGUGCCUGGGACAGGGGCAGGUGCCCUGGGAGGGCAUGUACAGCAACUGUAAAUAACCCUCUUCCCUGCCCAGGAACGCAAACUGGGCUCCAGUCUCCCAUCAUGGAGCCACGGAACCUCAUUAGCGGGACAGCAGUGAGCGAGGCCCGAGAGCCUCCCAUCAGACUGCCUUCAGACAACUCUAGGGGACCAUUUUGCCUGGGGCUCCUAGCAAACCUAUUAUUUAUUUUAUUUAUUUAUGUUUAUUUAUUUAUUUAUGUGAUGAUUUCUCUCUCUCUCUCUCUCUCUCUCUCUCUCUCUCUAGUUGCCAUUAGCAGUAUUCAACUAUUUAUUUACAUGGAGAGGUGUGUGUAUGUGUGUGUGUGUGUGUGUGUUUCGGGGUGGGGGGGCUUCUAAAUUAUUUUUGCGCAUCUUUUUUCCCUCAUGUCUUUGUGGGUGGAAUCUGAGAGGUCGGGUGUUGAGUAGGGAUGUUGGCUUUGUCCCUGCAGGGGAGACCCACAGAGCUCUAAGUCCAAACAUCCUGGAGUUGGCCUGAGAGGGUGGGGGGAGCGCUUCAGACCCAAGGUUCGUCGUUACGUCAGUGAGGUUCAGGCUUGCGCCCCAGCUCCCUGCCCACCAGCUGCACUGAGGCAUCAGAAAGCUGAAGAACAGCCACGAGGCUUGUGAGCUAAGGCCCCGAAAUGGUACAGUGGAGUCACAGCUCACGUGGGGGUUGGAGUCUAAAGUUAGCAUAACCUAACUAAGGCAAAAUUUGCAGAGCCCGAGAUCUCGGUGUGAGAGCUUUAGGGAGGCACCUGCUGGGAGACAGCUAUACUGUCUCUGGCCCACUGAGGAGGCUUUGUGCAGUACUUAUUGAAGUAGCCGCCUUGGGUUUGGGCAGCCAUGGUGGUUGAAGCAAUGUCUGGUUUAGCAGUGGGAUUGAACUUCGAGGUGACAAGGAGAGAGUAUGGCAAGAAUUAAGCUGACUGAGGGGAGAGAAGAUGCACCUGUGGUCUCUCACCCUUAUUCCAGGGCAUACGGUAGUGGGCAGGAUCCCUCACUAGCUUUUCUGAGCAUGCCUGGUUGGUUCCAUGUAAAUUAUACAUGCUUCUGCCUCCCCUGUAGCCCAUUUCUCCCCAUCCCCUGAGGUUUUUCCAGGCUGCUCUCUUCCUUCUGCAGUAGACACACACUGCUUUCCGGAGCAGUGUCCACCAUCCUAAGAGAGAUACACAGACUCCAAGCAAAAAGCCUUUUACUGUGAUCUUUUGCUUUCCAUCAGAGGAGAGCACAAAGCUAUUUCAGAAAUUAGGGAAAGGGGGGGGAAAAAGACAAGAUGAAAGGAGCAGCCAGAGGUCCCCCCAAGAAGGUCAUUUCGGGGCCCAUCGAGCCCGGAUCUAGAGGCCUUUACCAGUCCUGCCUCUGACUAACUGCAGGGUCUUCUUGCUGCUUCCCAGAGAGGGCCCCACCCUUUCCAAAGUCACCAUUCACUGCCUUGAAAUCGCCAGCUCCUCUGGGUCCAGCUUUGAGUUUGGAGAGAUUUCUGCAACAUCCCUGGUUGUUUCCCUGGCAAUGUGAUUUUACCCAGCUCUAACCCCCAGCCAGGGGAAAGUUUGCAAGAAGGCUGCUUAAAUGCUUCCCGGGGGUGGGGGGUGAGGGAGGGAAUCUCUGUCCCUCCCUCUUGCCGGAUAUGCUUCUCUAAUUUCCCUUACAUUUUCUUUCUUAUGCAUCCAAAAAUAAAACGCUUGUUGGGGUGCUGGUAACCUUGCUUAACCAGAGCCCCCAGUUCCUGGCAUCAGCAUUCCUCUGCCUACUUCGCCCACAUUACCUUCUGUUUCCAGAGAAUGAGACAAAUUGCCUGAAACCUGCGUGUGGUAUGCACUUAUUUUAAAAGCCAGCAUUGGGGGGUGUGGCACGUGGCCCAGCAAACAUGCAGCCUUCCUGGAUGAAUGAACCUGGACAGAUCACUCCAUUUUUCCAAGCCAAAAAUUACCCCUUUGAGAAGUGGCGGAGUUUUUGAGAUAUAAUCCAGAAUGUUGACCAGAGGCCUGGGAAAUUGUCCAAAGACAGGGUGAGUUCACCAGGAUUGAGAAGAAAAAGGAAAACAGCCUCAAAUCUUUUUAGGAGGUUCUCAAUCAUUAGAGUAGAACUUAAAGCAAUAUGUGAAUUCUAAUUCCCUCAAAGCUAACUCCCUCAAAGCCCCCAUCCAGGAAUAUUCUAGUUCCUCAAGGUUCGACUGCCUUCCUAUCUCUGUUUCUUCCCUUCUUGAAGGAAAGGCAAUCUUUCAGAAGCCAAACAACAUUUAAGAUGUUUGAAAGACACGAGGGUCUUGGUCUCAGAGAGCCCCCAUCAUCCAUGAGCUCAGAACCAUCCUCUUUCCCAAAGGCUUUGCUUGAAAAGGGCCAGCAUUCGGUGCUCCCAAAGGUUCCCAAGCACUUUUUUUUUAAGUCCCACUCCCAUAAUUUCUUCUGCUCUAUUCUUUUCCACGAAUAUUCAAAAUAGUCACACAAGCAUGUGUCUUGCCUUGCUUCACUCUCCAGCUAAAUAGAAAAGUUUGAUUAAAAAACAAACAGAAUUCCUCCAACCGCUCCCUCCUCCGUUAGCCAGCUGCCUCCAGCUGAGGAGCUCAUGCUAGAUCCAGUGUCAUCAAGCAAUGCUUUAUCGCUUAUCGCAACCUCUUCCUCCUCACUUCUGCACCAAUGACCCAGUGAUACGGAUAGACUUGGCAUCUCCCCUCUGUCUGUGGCUGCUGUUUUGGACUUUUUUUUCUUUAUUGAGGGUUUUUUUUGGGGGGGAGGGUUGUUUUGCAUUGUAAAUACCAUGAUGGGGGGGCCCCUCAUCAGAACAUGGCUUAUUUAAUAAUUUAUUGCCUAUUUAUUGAGUGGUAUCGGGAGAGGAGAGGGACCACCUCUUUCCCUGAAUUGCUAUUGGAAAUUGGUGAUCUCCCAGCUCUGGGUGCGGCCGUCUGCAGCAAGGGGCAUGAUCACCCAGGUAAUGAGUGCUAGAAUCACCCCGCAAAUUGGAAUUGGCAGAAACGGAGUCUUCAGUCAUACAAAUUAAGCUCAAAUGGAACUAAAACACUGGUUAUCUCCGGGAAAACCUCAUUUUGAUGGAAAUUAAUUGCAGAAUAAAAUGCCUGUGCACAAACCAACUUCUAUUAAAAAGUCACAACUCCUUGAAAGAAAAAAGAGAGAGAGAGAGAGAGAGAGACAAAAUUGUAAUUCCUUUUCUCUGGCCAAGAAAAGAUAUGCCUCAUCUUCUAACAAGUUGAGCCAAAGAGACUGGAACAACAUUCCUUUGUGAUUCUCUGGCCUGUGUGUGUGUGUGUCUGGAUGAAAUGGAGUGGGUCUCGGGCCUCAGUGUUAUCAUCUGUAAAAUGGGGCUUGGCCUAAGUGUUCUUGGCAGGGGAGAGGGCGGGGGUUGCACCUCUGAUGCUGUGAGCGCCAAACUGUCAGGUAUACGGUCCCUGGUGUCUUCUGCCAACUGUAGGUCGAAGGAUGUCUCCUAAGGAAGGAAAUAAAAAACCAGGGCAUGGACCUCAUUUGCAGGGUAAGGUGGUAAUAGUUGAGUCCUGCAGUCAAAAAUGGGAGGCCUCCAGAUGCUGCCACCUGAGUGGUGACUCUUGUAGCCUGGGUCAAAGAAGCCUUCUAUAUGAGCUUGACCUUCUCUCCAAGCCCAGCUGUUAUCAAAGGAGAGACCAAGAAGGCUUUGCUGUUCUCUGGAGUUCACCACUGUUCAUCAUGUCAGACCACAUUUUGUACAGUUGUUCGAACAAGCCAGUGACCUAGGUCAUGCUGCCAUUUGUCGGAUGAGAAAACUGAGGCCCGGGAAGGGGGGAUCUGGUUUGCCGUAACUCCCUUGAGCUCAGACCCUCCUGGCUCCACGCCCCACUCUCUCGGUAGCUCUUUCUCGCCAGGCCCCUGCUGUGAGGACUUUGUGCAGGGUCUUUUCUCUCCCAAUUCUCAGCUGCUCCCUCAAGCAAUCAUUGGCCAAGGACCUAGCAGCAUCCACCCUAUCAGCCUGGCAGGCUCGGUGCACCCCAAGGCCAUUUCUCCCCACCGGGGGGCUAGAAUUCUCAUCUGGAAAACCCCAUGCCGGGGGACCCACCACCAGCCCAGCUCAGCCCGAGCAGCCAGCCUCUGUCUGGAGCAUCCACAUCAGAGCGGGGAGAAGCUCCUGUGUCCUCCAGCAUCCCGGGACCCUGUCCUCUACCCAGUGACACAGCGGCCGUGGCUUGUUUAUUUCUGGUGUCCACAGCUAAGCAUAACCUUCCUGGGGUUUCCGAUUUUUCAGCCUGUACGAAACAUGUCUCUCUGUUCUAAUAAAAGGUUCCAUGGUAUGGUG